AUGGCUAAAGAUGAAGACUUCAAGCUCCUUAAGAUCCAGACGUAUACUCUUAGAGUCAACAUCCAUUGUGAAGGUUGUAACCAGAAAGUCAAGAAACUUCUUCAGAGGAUUGAAGGAGUUUUCCACGUGAAGAUAGAAGCAGAGCAUCAAAAGGUCACUGUUUCAGGAUCAGUUGACUCAACCAUACUCAUCAACAAGCUCGUUAAAGCCGGCAAACACGCCGAGCUCUGGUCUCCAAACGGACCAAACACAACCACCAACCACCAGUUUCAGAAACCCAAGACUAAUGAAGUCAUCAAGAACAACCAAAAGGGUCAGAAGCAAGGCUCAGGGAAAAAUGGUCUUGAAGCUUUCAAGCCCAAGAACAGCACUAAAGGCGCGGCCUUUGUCCCCGAGGAAGAUGAAGACGGCGGCGAGGAAGAAAACGGAGUUGUUCAGUUACCAAAACUGGCGAAUCAGCAGCAACAAACCACCGUCAACUCCAAGAAAACCGGUGGAGGAGUUCCGAUGAACAAUGGAAACAACGCUUCAAAGAAAGUCAACCCAAAACAGAGCAACCAAAACCAGAACAGUCAAGCGAUGGCUGCGGCGGCUAUGAGAAUGAGGAACGCCGGAAAACUGAGCUCCGGUGUUGAAAGCAACGAGAUUGGAGCUCUCAUGGAUCUCGCUGGUUUUAACGGGGCAACAAACGUCGUGAAUCCUUCACCUGGGAUUCAACAGCUUCAAGCUCCACCUUUAAACAGCGUCACUAAUCACAGCAUAAGCAAUGGUAACGGAGCAGGAGGAGGAAUGAUGAUGAACAUGAAUGGAUACAGCAAUCAUCAUGCAAUGAACAUGCAGAGCAGGCAAGUGAUGCAUCAUCAUCAACCUCAACAGAUGAUGUAUCAAAGACCAGCUUACGUUCCAGCAUCAAGCAAUGGGUAUUAUUACAACUAUACCCCGAAUCCUUACACUUAUUAUCCUUAUUACCCUUACCCCAAUGAGCAGCAUCAGCAGAGUACUCAUUCAUCUGCAACAAACAUGUCCGGUGAUGAAGACACUAGCAACAACAACAGCUGCAACAUCAUGUAG